CCCCCUGCAAUGGCUUAGCUUUAGCCUUUCAUACCCUCAGGAUUUCAGAAUAAUGGAUCCGAGGCUCUACAGGUGUGCGAGGAGGGGCAAUGUUCGGUCUUUGAAGAGGCUGCUUGAUGAGACGCCAAGCCUGAUCCUGGGACUUACCCCCCAAGAAAACUCGAUCGUCCAUAUUGCCUCUCAAUUUGGACACGUGUCGGUUGUACAGGAGAUCCGCACAAGAUGCAAGUCCCUCCUGACAAAACCAAACAUAGACGGGGACACUCCCCUUCAUGUAGCUGCAAGGGCAGGCCAGCUUGGUGUCGUGAGUUCUCUUCUCAAACAGAUGAUUGAGGAGCCUGCUUUCGAUAUUGAAAGCGGAGGAAAUUGCAGGCUCGAGAUGGUCAUGUGGAAAAAUAAGAGGGAUAACACGGCUCUUCAUGUGGCAAUCGGGAAUGGCCAUCUUCAAGCGGCAGAGUUGCUGCUAGAGGUCAAUCCUCAGCUGGUGCACUAUGCUAAUCAUGACGGAGAGUCUCCUCUGUAUCUGGCGGCUAGAGGCGGAAUGGUAGAGAUUGUAAAUCGAAUUCUGAUGUUCCCGUCGGCACCCAGUGGCGGGUGCCACGGCCAAACGGCUCUCCAUGCUGCAGUGAUUGAGAGGAACCCUGGGAUUGUGCAAUCCCUCUUGAGAGUGAGACCCGAGCUCAUCAAUGCCAUGGACCACGAGGGCCGAAAUGCAGUCCAUUACGCAGCUUCCUCUGGAGAGCACAAGAUGGUAGAGAAAUUACUAGAAUUUGAUUUCUCGUCUGCAUAUGCAACGGACAGAAAUGGUCAUUCACCUCUCCAGGCUGCUGCUCUAUUGGGUCACACGAAGGUCAUCUCGGGGAUUCUUCGGCACUGUCCUGAUUCAGGAGAAUUCCUAGACCUCAAAGGACAAAAUGCUCUGCACCUUGCUGUCUUGGGGGGAAAAGCGAAAGUUGUUAGCCGCAUGCUCGAAAUGGAGGAGCUAGAAGGACUCAUAAAUCAACCUGAUAAGAACGGAAAUACGCCUUUGCAUCUUGCUGCCGUGGAAAGGAACACUUGGAUUAUGAGGUACUUGUUAUGGGAUGGAAGAGUCGAUCGGAAAGCUGGGAACAUGAGUGGACUAACUGCUCUCGACUUCGUUAAGCCAAUCGAACAUCCAAACAGGAUCAUGGCCCCAACCUUUUGGGGACAAUCCCACAGUACGGAUACUCCUCGAUGGUUUUACCUCAAGAAAGCCGACUCAAGCCCAAACCAAGAAGAUGAUAGUUCCACAGAGCAGACUUACAAGCAGAGGGGCCAGACCCUUCUAAUGGUGGCAACCCUACUCACGGCCGUUACUUUUGCUGCGGUUUUCACAAUGCCAGGGGGCUACAACAACAACUUGGGUCCGGACCAAGGAGUGGCCCUUCUGCAGUCGAGCAAGUACUUAAAGCGGUUCAUAAUCUCCGACACAGUUGCAAUGACCAGCUCGAUAACAGCAGCUUGUGUUAUACUGUGGGGAGCUGUGGUUGGCAAGAGGUCAUACGUGUACUAUUACUCGAGUGCGAUGGUGCUUACUUACAUUGCUCUUCAAUUGACAUAUAUGGCCUUUACAAUGGACAUUUUAGCGGUGUUGCCCGACCAAGUUUAUGUCCACACUUUGAGUCUGGUCAUCGGCAUCGUUUUGCAUAUCAGCACCUUCUUGUUCCUUUUCAGACUGGCAAAAAUUUUCUCCAUCUCGGAGGUCUGUAUGUUUCUGGUUUUCCGCAUCAGAAAGCUGAACUGUAGAAUCCGCACUAGAUUGUAGAGAGGAAAUAUUUGUAAUUGUUUCUUUCUUUCCCUUGCUUCACAAGUCACACCUUUUGGCGGUGUCGACAACUUAUUCUGUCCCCAUAAGUUUAUUAGGCUAAAUGGAAUUUACUUUA